AUGGGCCGGGGAUUUUUCGCUCUGGCCAACCACCGGGCGGUUUUCUCCGUGUUUCGUCCGAAGCUGGCGUCACUCGUCAGACUCCAACUCCGCCACGGAUUUGCGGUGGAACUUGACCACGGUUGCUGCCUCGUGCGUCCAUGUGGCUCGGCCAAUAGGCUCUGUCCGGAGGCGGGAUUCCGAGUAGAUCGUCAGAACGAUGCUGAACUGCUCGCCUGGUACGGAUGGUACAAAGUAGUUACUGUCCGACAGCCAACCACUCUGCUUGAGACUAUCGAACUGUACGGCCCGAGGGCAAAUGCGCCUCCGACGACGGGGGGAGGGGAUUUCAGCAACCCACGGACUCCAUCAGCAUCGGUGAAGAGAAUUAAGAAUAGUAAAAACGAUCCGCUUCAACAUCCAAUCAAGCCGGUGAAGGCCCCAUCAACCAGAUGCGAAGAGGGGGGGGUGUGGUGGGAGAGGAAAGUGGAAAGCCACUCGGCUUUGACGACUCUCAGGGCCCCAUCCAUGGAUGGAGAAUGGGGAGGGGGGAAAGGAAAGGACAGGCUUACUGUAGACAGACUAGCUAACAGUUGGACUGCCAGGAGUUGCCGUGAUGAUCAUCAGCGAACCACGGCGGGAAGGGAAAGAAAACGGCGAGCCCAACAACGGGAGCUUGUUACCGGAGAAGGCUGUGGUGCAGUAGAGACACACACGAUGACGGGCCAAACAUUCGCAUCGAAAGACAAUAAUUUUAGCAGAUGGACCGUCGGAACUGGUCCCAGCAUCGUCAUCGUCAUCCCGCUCGUGUUGCCCCUCCAAAUUGACCCAAAGUGGGAUCAGCAAUUAUCAGCAUGGAAUGAGCAAUGA